CGUGUGUUUCCAACAACAGGCAAAAACACGAAUCGGAUUUUAGCGACCGCCCCCCCUCGCCGAAUCCAACAUUGCAACAAGAUAGUUUUCACAUAAACUAAAACGCAAGCAAUGCCGACCACCCCGAGGAGACCAGUCACCGAUUAGGCCACGACUCACGCAUUCAUUCAGCAGACAAGCGAGACACUGGAGCUGCCAGAGAAACAUAAAUAGGCAGAGUUACAGGCUGAAUGAAUUGUAGCUGGAGCUACGAACACUGCGACCAUAACAUCAACGGUGCAAAGCGGGACGAGGCAGCGGCAAAGUGCAGCCGUGGCCAGAGAAACACGAGAGAGCGCUAAGCUGAAGCAACACAACGCGAGACCCAAGUCCACGUAGCGAAUGAGAAGGAGCCCUCAACAUGGCGAUGCUUACAAUGAUAGCCCGAGUCAUCGAUGGCCUGCCACUGGUGGGCACCAUGCAGGAUGACGAGCAGAGCGGUCGCAGCAUUUUGGACUACCAGAACCAGGCGAAGAUGCUCUUCCGCAAGCUGGGCACACACUCGCCGGCCAGGAGCAGCAUCGAGACGGGACCAUACCUAUUCCACUAUCUAAUCGAGAAUGACGUUUGCUACUUGGUCAUGGUUGACAAAAUGUAUUCCAAGCGACUGGCGUUCAACUACCUGGAGGACCUGGCCCAGGAGUUCCACACCCACUACGGGCGGAGGGUGAACUCGGUGACCCGGCCCUAUGCCUUCAUCGAGUUCGAUGUGUACAUUCAGAAAGCGAAAAGGCAAUUGACGGACCGCAGGCGCAACAUCACGAACAUUAACACACAGCUCCAGGACGUGCAGCGCAUCAUGGUGCAGAAUAUCGACGAUGUGCUUCAACGUGGCACGGUCUUGGCGGACCUCGACACGAAGACCCAGAACCUGUCGCUGAUGUCGCAAAAAUAUAAGAAGGAUGCCAAAUUGCUCAACCGCAAGUCGAUGGUCAUGAAGGUGGCGGCUGUCGGCAUCGUUUUCCUCAUCUUUUUCCUCUACUUCUGGGUUUUGUAAUAUUCGUUAGUACCCCCCACCCACCCUACUCUCUGUUUGUGUUUAGUUUUAGAAUCAGUUGGCAGUUGGAUGUCGAAAAUGAGGCGACAGUGUCGGCAGUCGAAAGUCACAGACGAACGGCCAAAAGACAUUUAGGCUAACACACACACUUUACAUAUUUGCAUAAUGUAGGGGCAAUAUUUAUACCUGCAAUGCAAAAUUCAGUCGCUUGAUUUAAUUUAAGUUUUAAAUCCCAAUUCCUACUUGAAUAUUUUAUUAUGAUUUGAAUUAAAUUUAGUUUGCUCGACCUUUGCACUUGCGAUACCUUUGCUUUGCUAGCGUGCUCGGCUGUCGAAUGGCUUGGGUACCGAUCUACCGAUCUGUAAAUUAUAAUACUUAAAGUGUCUCUAUAUGUGUGUGGUGUGUGUGUGUGCAUGAAUUUGUAGAUUGUACGUACAUAAAUGUGGAAUAGCCUAUGAAGAUAGUGCCUAGGGAAUCCAAUCGACUGCGAUUAGGACUGCUAAGCAAUAAGCAAACAAAAGGAGGCACAGAAAGUGAAAUAAAACAAGUUUUAGGCAAUUUAUAUAGUUACUAAAUUAAGGCAAAUAAAUCAAUUUACAAUGUUUAAAAAAAAAACGCAUA